GAAGACGAAAAGUAAAGCAUGAUAUGUUCACCCGAAUUCAUUAUAUUGUACGCUUGUUUUUGUGAUUUUUUUCAUUUUUUGAAAAGAGUUCUUGAUUUCGAUCUUUCAUGGUAAUCGGUGGAAAAAACCCUAGAUUUGAGAGCGGUGGAGUCUAGGGUUUAUCCCUCUGAGGGCGUUCGAUUGUGAUUUGUUUCAUCGUGUGAUUUUUUGAUCUCCUUCUGCAACGCUGGGGCGUGAGAGCUCUCGAUCGAGGUACUGGAGCUGCGCAGACUGGCUGCGGAUCGUGGCCGGGAUGGAUGUCAGUUCCCCGCCGGAGAAGAGACGGGCUCUUUCUCACCAUGAUGCCAUACUUCAGAAACUUGAUCAGCAUGGGGUUCCUCAGGAAUAUCUCGAUCAAUCUCAGGCAGGCUUGGUCGCUUUUGUUGGGGAGAACAAGUCCUUGCUUCCAGAAAUAGUUUCGUGUAUCUUACCAUCCGAUGUAGAUGCAUAUGCGAUUUGCAGGUCGUUUAAAGAAGAAUCUGUGGGCGGGCAGAGACAAGCCCAAAUAAAACUUUUGGUUAGUGAAAGUCUUUUAUGGUUGCAAUGGCUGAUGUUUGAGGAAGAACCAUGUGCAUGUUUAAAGAAUUUGGCACAGAAUUCUUCUGGUCAACGUGCUGUCUGUGGAACUGUUUGGAAAAAGAAUGAUUUAGCUUAUCGCUGCCGAACUUGUGAGCAUGAUCCGACUUGUGCAAUAUGCGUCCCUUGUUUCCAGAAUGGUGACCAUAAGGGUCAUGACUAUUCAAUAAUGUACUCUGGUGGAGGGUGCUGUGACUGUGGGGAUGUGACUGCUUGGAAGCGAGAGGGAUUCUGUUCAAGACACAAAGGAAGUGAACAGAUUCAACCUCUCCCAGAUGAUUUAGCAAGUUCUAUUGGACCUGUUCUCGAUGCUCUCUUUUCAUCUUGGAAGGACAAGAUGAUAUCUAUGGAAUGCCAUAGACCCAAAAAUGAAGAUGAUCGAACUGAAGUACAUGCAAUGACCCAUGAGUUAUCUUUGGCAAUUAUUGAGAUGUUGCUUAACUUCUGCAAUUGUAGCGAAAGCUUGCUUAGUUUUGUCUCCAAACGAAUGUUUGCAUGUACUGGUUUAUUAGAUGCUCUUUUGAUGGGAGAGAGGUUCUUGGACAAGAAGGUUGUGAAAAGGCUGCAUGAGUUGCUUUUGAAACUCCUUGGAGAGCCUCUUUUUAAGUACGAGUUUGCAAAAGUUUUCAUAAGAUACUAUCAAAUUGGUGUCAAGGAAUUCAUUGAUGCAUGUACUGACUCAGAACUAAAGCAGUACCCGCUGCUAUCAACUUUCUCUGUACAAAUUUUUACGGUGCCUACGUUAACACCUCGACUUGUAAGGGAAGCUAAUCUAAUCGGUGUGCUGUUGAGAUGCUUGGAGGACCUUUUUCUUUCAUGUGUAGGAGAAGAUGGACGCUUGCAGGCAGUCAAGUGGGCAAAUCUUUAUGAAACAACGAUCCGCUUGGUCGAAGAUACACGCUAUGUGUUGAGCCAUGAAGAAGUUUCCCAAUAUAUUGCUAAAGAGGUGGUUGAUAUGUCAAGAGCUUGGAUAAGGCUCUUAAGCCUUGUACAAGGCAUGGAUGCUCAGAAGAGGCAGACAGCUGUCCACACUGAGGAAGAAAAUGACAUUAUACACACUCCAUUUAUGCUUGGGCACUAUCUUGGAAAUGUCCAUACUCUUUUGGCGAAAGGCGCAUUGUCUCUUGUUGAAACCAGAGAAAGUAAAGAUGAGAGUAUGACUGCUUCCACAGUACGAGGUCUGGAAGAUGAUGAUGAUGGUGAUGAUGAUGGAGUAUACCUUGCAAAAGUGGGCAGGUUUUCAGAAGGAAGCUCUGCAGGUCAGUUGAGAGGUAGAAUUAUUCCAAGUCAUGAAAUAGAUACUGAAGGUAUCUCUGAAAUGCACAAACAUCUUUCUAUUCCCUCUUCUGGGGUACGGUUAAUAUUCGAAUGCUUAAAAGCUAUUGAAGUUUGGUUAGAACCUGAAAAUAGGAAAUAUUCCAAUUCAAUAGAUGCUACUGGCUGUUCUGGGUACAAUGUCAUGAACUUGAGUAAGAAAAUUUUCGGGAUCAAGAAGUGUAGUAAUAGUAAUAGAGUCUAUAGAAGACAAAUGUCCAGAGAAAGGGUGGAUGGAGACCGUGCGUCUUUCCAUGAUGAAAAUCAUGAGAGAUUUCAUUUUUUUUCUCCGGUUCAAGUGAUGACUACUGAAACAAGGGAAGCACUUAAUCAAAAUAACAGCUCAUUAGAUGUGAAUGACAUGUCCGGUGCAUUCUCUAGAGAUGCUUGUUUGAGCAGAAAAUUGAAUGAAAAUUCUAUGGAGAUAGAUUCUGUGAGAGAUGCUGAAACAGUAGGUCUUCUGAGCAUGGCACAGUGGCCUGAUAUAGUUUUUGAUGUCAGCUCACAGGAAAUCUCAUUCCAUAUUCCCUUACAUCGUUUGCUUUCAGUAUUACUUCGAAAAGCACUAAAAUGUUAUGCUGGAAUGAUGAGGAUGCCAAAAGCUGCUUCUUCAAUCCCUUCAGAUGUGCAUCAUCGAGAAUUUUUCAGGCAGGCUUUAGGUGGUUUUCAUCCUUAUGGAUUUUCUGCCUUUGUUAUGGAACAUCCAUUAAGGUUAAGGGUAUUCUCUGCCCAAGUCCGUGCUGGCAUGUGGCGAAAGAAUGGUGAUGCUGCCAUAAUGAGUUCGGAGUGGUAUCGCUCUGUUAGAUGGUUAGAGCAAGGUUUGGAAUCUGAUCUUUUUUUGUUGCAAUGUUGUGCUGCUCUGUCUCCUCCAGAGCUAUUUGUUAAGAGGAUUCAAGAAAGAUUUGGUUUAUCAGAUUAUACAUCUUUACAUCAUGCAGAGCACAAUGAGUACGAACCAGUGUUAGUGCAGGAAAUGCUUGCUCUUAUCAUACAGAUAGUUAAAGAACGACGAUUUUGUGGGUUUUCCACAUUUGAGAAUUUGUGCAGAGAGUUGAUUUACAAAUUAGCAAUUGGUGAUGCUACACACAGCCAGCUGGUGAAAGCCCUCCCACGUGAUCUUUCAAAGAGCGAUCAGCUUCAAAAAGCUAUUGACAUUCUUGCUGUAUAUUCAAAACCAUCUGGCAUGAAGCAGGGCAAAUAUUCACUGCGGGAAGAGUACUGGAAAGAUUUGGAUCUGUAUCAUCCUCGCUGGAACUCCAGGGAGCUGCAAGUUGCUGAGGAGAGAUAUUUACGCUUCCGCAAUGUUUCUGCUUUGAAUGUUCAGUUACCUCGGUGGUCGGAUAUCUUUUACCCUAUGAGCACAAUUUCCAGAAUAGCUACAUCAAAAGCUGUGCUCCAAAUUAUUCAAGCAGUUUUUUACUAUGCUUUUCUUGCAGAUGGUUCAUCGGCAAAUCAUACUCCUGAUAGUGUUCUAAUCACAGCAUUGCAUUUACUUUCCUUAGCAUUGGAUAUUUGUGAAAAAUCAAAUAUAAAGUGCACUGAGAUUGAUGUUAACUUAUCACUUAUAGAUGACCAGUCAGGCCCAGGUGCACCAUGCUGCUUCAAAAACUCAUUUCCUAUAUUAACUUAUGCAUUGGAAGCUUUUGAUGUGGAUGCUAUUGAUGCCGCCGUAAUCCGAAGAAAAAGAAAUGUGCUUUCUCUGCUGGUUUUGCUAAUGAGGAAGUAUAAGGAACAAAGUAGUAAGAGCUAUGCUGAAACAAGACAGUGUGACAUCUCCUCUUUGAUCGAAAAUUUAUUGAGGAAGUUCGCACAUCUAAGUGCGGAAUGCAAUGCGGAACUUAGAGAAUUGGAGCCAGGUUUAGCCCAUACUAUAUUUCAGCAGGCUUCUGAUAAGGCUGUCAAGAAUGUAGCAUCAGAUUCUGGCUUCGAGGAAAGAAAGGCUAAAAUGCGUGAGCGUCAAGCUGCUAUAUUGGAAAAAAUGAAAGCUGAACAGUCCAAAUUUAUUGCUAGCCUGAAUGACACAAGUGAUGAUCUAGAUGCUUUGGCAUCCAACAAGGAAGCAUUUGUGCCUGAUGUGGAUCAUGAUCGAGAAGAGACCAAGCCAAUUUGUUCGUUUUGCAGAGAUCCUGAUUCACAAAGCCCUCUGUGCUACCUUAUUCUUCUUCAGAGAUCUCGGUUAACCAGUUUUGUUGAAAGAGGCCCUCUGUCAUGGGAAGAUGAUGACAAAUCGGCUAAGGGAGUUCAUUUAGUCAAUCAGAGUAUAUCAAGCAUUCUAGCUGAUGCCCCUUUUGGUAGUCCAGUGCAUUCAAUUCAUACUGCAACUGCGGAGUCUGCCUUUGACACUGAGCCAGCAGAACUUGAUGCCAUUCGUGAAUUCUUCGGAGGUCAACUUCCUCGUAAUAAAAGCUUUCAACUACCUAUUGCCCCAGAGGCAAUAUCGACCCUUGAGUUGGUGGAAUAUGAUAUAUAUCAGUCUAUUAGAAGAAUAAUUCAUGGCUCAGAAUCACAUUCAGAGUCUGUAGGUUGUGAUUAUAAAUAUUUGAUUUCCCAUGCUACAGAAGAUUUGAAGAAGAGCAAAAGCGUAAAACUUUCUGUGCUUGGAGAGUAUGUUGCAGCAUUAUCAAGAGAGACGUCAAAACAGCAUCAGUCUUCUAUUUAUAGCCUUCUACAACUUGGUAAUAUAUCAUCAAACUCUGCUAUUACCGCUACUGCCUAUAGUGGAAUGGAACCUGGACAUUGCAAUGGAAUUCAUAUUUCUUCAUGCGGGCAUGCUGUGCAUCAAGAGUGCCGUGAGAGAUAUCUUCUGUCAUUGAAACAACGACCCAUAAGGAGACUUGGUAUUGAAGGCCAUAUUGUGAACCCAGAUAUGGGGGAAUUACUUUGUCCAGUUUGCCGAAGAUUUGCCAAUUCAAUCCUACCUAUAAGCCUUGUUUCUGGAAGUACAGUACAGAGGCCAGUAAUGCCAUUAAGCAGUAGUCCGGCAUCGCUUCAAGUCUCUUCAACCUCAGCAGAUAUGUUACAUCUUCCUCUGGCUUUAACCCUUCUUCAAAGCACUUCCAAGAUGGUUGGAGAAGGCAGAUUCCUAAAAUUUUAUUCAGGGAAGCUGAGUGAAAGUAUUGAACCAUCUUUAGAGCAUGCUAUCCGUAAAUUGUGUAUGCUGCAGUACCCUCAUAGUUAUGGUAGUCUGAUAUCGUCUGGUAGGCUUAGUCACUCCUUGAUGCUCUGGAACACCCUUACAUACUCUCUUAUAUCUACAGAGAUAGCUUCUCGUGGAAAGAACACACAUAAACAUGGCUCUAAAUCUUGCUUGGUAGCUUUGUGUGAGGAGCUUCAUUCUUCUAACGGAUCUAUACUAUCCUUAUUACUCAGUAUUUCUCAAAAUUCAUGCAAUGUGAACAGUCUUGAGAUGCUUUUGAGAUUUAGAGCUGUCCAACUUUUUGCAAGCUCUAUUUGCUCUGGUGUUUCAGGUGACAUCAAUUUAUCAAGCACAGACAAAAGAAGAGGAACGUAUUGCUGUAUCCCAGAACAUACUGACAAGGGAGAAAAUUUUCCUGAUAUCCAAUUCUGGAAGCGGGCUGCUGAUCCUAUUCUUUCUUCUGAUCCUUUUUCAUCACUGAUGUUGGUUCUCUUUAGCCUUCCUGUUCCAUUUAUAUCAUCCUCUGACUUCUUUGUGGCUCUUGUACAUCUCUUCUAUGUUAUCACUGUUAUUCAGGCACUCGUUACAUGUUAUAGCAAUCACUGCUUUGACAGAUCUCCAUUUGGUGAUUGGGUUUCUAACAAUGUUGGUAAGAUUAUUGGAGAAUCUGAAUUUGCUCAAAAGCAGUCCCUUGCCAAGUACUUAGAUUCUUCUUGUCAUCCUAAGGAUAUGAUUCGUAGGUUAACACUCCCAUACCUACGACGGUGUGCAUUGCUUUGGAAAUUAAUGAACUCUUCAGCCUUAUCUUCUUCUUCAUUUGAGAGUUAUCAUACAUGGGAAGGAUUGGAUUUUAGUGCAAAUAGUGAUUCUGUGGUUGACACUAACUGCCUUUCUAUCGAGCUAAAUGAACUUGGGGAACUGGAGAAGAUGUUUCGUAUUUGCUCACUAGAUAUGGUUCUCCAAGAUGAGCUUGUGCGCACAUUGACAUCUAGAUGGUGUCAACAUUUUGCUCAGAAGUUCAAAGCUUGUAAACAUGAGCAUAUUUUUUAUGCCACACCUGCGGUUCCAUUUAGAUUGAUGCAACUACCUCGACUAUAUCAAGACCUUUUGCAGAGGUACAUAAAGCAGCAGUGUUCUCAUUGUAAAUCUAUUCCUGAUGAACCCGCACUAUGCUUGAUAUGUGGCAAAUUAUGUUCACCAAGCUGGAAGAAUUGCUGCAGGGCUAAUAGGUGCUUAGAACAUGCAAUUGUAUGCGGUGCUGGUGUUGGCGUAUUUUUGUUAGUCAGGAAGACUACAAUCUUAUUGCAGAGAUCUGCACGCCAGGCCUUUUGGCCAUCUCUCUAUUUGGAUGCAUAUGGUGAAGAGGAUCUUGAUAUGUUAAGGGGAAGGCCAUUGUAUCUAAAUGAGGAACGCUAUAAAGGGCUUGCAUACUUGGUGGCAUCACAUGGUCUUGAUCAUACUUCUGAAAUUCUUCGACAGACAACCAUAAGUCUUUUGGUUUCAAUUAGAGGCCACUGUCAAAGAUGUAUUUUGGAAAGAACUGAAACUUUACCGUGGAUUGAAACACCGCAUGCAGAAGGGUGGUAA